AUGGGCAAAUCCUCAAAAGACAAGCGCGACGCUUACUACCGCCUCGCCAAAGAAGAAGGCUGGCGCGCCCGCUCAGCCUACAAACUCCUCCAGCUCGACGAAGAAUUCAACCUCUUCGAGAGCGUCACACGAGUCGUCGAUCUGUGCGCCGCGCCCGGAAGCUGGAGUCAAGUGCUGUCACGCGUGCUGAUCAAAGGUGAGAAAUUCGGGCGCGCGGGCUGGGAGCAGAAGCAAAGGGAGACGCGAGAGUACGUGCUGGGUCUCAGCAAGAGCAAGAGCAAAGAGGUUGACGUUCCGGCCAGCGAGGACGGAGGUGCCGUGCAAGAUGUGAAGGAGGGAGAGAAGAAGCGACAGAGGGAUGGCGUCCGUAUCGUGGCCAUUGAUCUACAGCCCAUGAGUCCGCUGGAAGGCGUCACGACACUGAGGGCGGAUAUCACGCACCCUUCGACUAUCCCUCUGAUGCUCAAAGCACUCGACCCAGAUAUCUACGACUCCACCUCCACAAGCCCCUCCCCCUCCGCACCGGUAGACCUCGUCAUCUCAGACGGCGCUCCCGAUGUAACCGGUCUCCACGAUCUAGACAUCUACGUCCAGUCGCAGCUCCUCUGGGCAGCGCUCAACCUCGCGCUCUGCGUCCUCAAACCCGGCGGCAAGUUCGUAGCCAAGAUCUUCCGCGGAAAAGACGUAGACCUUCUCUUCGCACAACUAAAGCUCGUCUUCGCGCGCGUUCGAGUCGCCAAGCCGCGAAGCUCCCGCGCAUCCAGCAUCGAAGCGUUCGUCGUCUGCGAGGGUUUCCGCCCACCAGCCGGGUUCAAGCCGUCCCUCGAGAAGCCGCUUGGCGCGGGUACCACUCUCCCCAUCCCAGACGAGAACCCAGAAGCUACGAAGCCUUCGAGAACCGUCCGGGCAGACGGCGCCGUGGAGAUUGAUCUCGGAGACGAGAGCGACGAAGAGGGCAUCGAGGAGGGCGGAGCGCGGUGGAUAGCGCCGUUCCUGGCUUGUGGCGAUCUAUCAGCGUAUGAUUCGGAUGCGACGUACGCGCUGCCGAAGGACAGAGUCAGUUUAGAUCCGGUGCAGCCGCCGACCGCGCCGCCGUAUAAGCGGGCGUUAGAGAUGAGGAAGUUAGCUGGUGGGGCGUACGGAAAGACAAAAGGACAGGAGCGGAAGGAGGGAUCUUGA